AGUAUUGUGCGGUAAAGUGUCGUGUUUGCGUGCUAAUUCGUGUUGAGUCAUGUCACUGCUUUUAUUGAACACAAUUGGUGUGAUCACAAGGAAACCUCUCGUGGAAAUUGGCACUCGACUCUUGUCUUCCAUGGCUGAAGCGUUGAAAACUCAUGGCGUCGUGCCGGACGUUAUAGACAAAGUUCCGCAAAAUGUGCUGAACGUAACCUAUCCAAAUAAACUUACCGUUGAUAUUGGCAAAGUAUUGACUCCAACGCAGGUUAAAGAUCCACCUACCGUUACGUGGGACGCUGAUGCGAACGGAUAUUACACUGUUUGCAUGACUGACCCUGAUGCACCGAGUCGUAAGGAACCAAAAUUCCGCGAAUGGCAUCAUUGGCUGGUAGGAAAUAUUCCUGGUUCAGACAUUUCGAAAGGGGAAGUUCUUUCCGAAUACGUCGGCUCGGGUCCGCCAAAAGACACAGGGCUUCAUCGUUACGUGUUCCUGUUGUACAAACAGCCAGCAAAGCUGACGUUCGACGAGCCUCGACUGACCAAUCGAAGCGCGGACAAUCGGGGAAAAUUUUCAAUAAGGAAAUUCGCCGCGAAGUAUAAACUUGGUGAUCCUAUCGCCGGGAACAUGUACCAAGCGGAAUUCGACGACUACGUGCCGCUCCUGUAUAAACAAUUGGGAGCUUAAAGCUAUCAACGUUGUACAGACAGUUUUGUAAACCGUGAUACG